AUGCUGGACUCGUCGGUAAGCCGGCGACACCAGCCGAUGGACUCGUCCGCCGUCUACUCCCACUCCCGCACUCGCACGACGUCCUCAAACACAUUCCCAAUCCAAAGUCCGACGCCGAUGCACCUCCAGCAGCAGAAUGCCAUGAACCCUCAACAAUUCAACCGCCGCUCCCCCUCGGUUAACACCUUCAGCACCACCUCGAGCAUCCCCCCGCCCGCCGCCUACCGCACCUCGCCCACCACCGACCUACGCCGCUCAACCUCCUCCCGCUCCGGCGGCAGCACGCAGCCGACCGGCUACGUCGCCCUCCUCCGCAAGCAAAAGGCCACUGUCUGGUGCGACCGCGCUCAGUAUGAGGACCCCCGUCUCCUGGCCCAGCAGCGCGCCGCCAAGAUGCGCGCCACCCUCGAGGUCAUUGGCGGCCAGCGCACCGCCUCCGGCCUCUCCGCCCCGUCCGGUGGCAGGACGAGCACCGGCAUCAGUGCUACCGGCAAGGUUGCCGCCAAGAUCCGCCACCACGGGAAACCCGCAGUCGUGGGCUACGCUCCGGGAGAGCACCACGUCGGCGUCGGCGGCGUGCCCAUGCGUCUCAGCGCCACCGAGGUCGAGGGCGAAGACAGCGACGACGACGACGCACGCCUGCAUCACAGACGGACCGGUAGCAGCGGCCGCAGUAGCACAGCGAGCCGCCGCGGCCCGGGAUACAGAUCGUCCGGCGGCGGACGCCGAUGGAGCCCGGGAGACACGCCCGAGAGGAGCGGCAGCAUGGUCGAGGAUGUGCCGGAAGACGCCACGCUGGGCGACAACGCGAGCGGCAGGGCCAUGACGACGGCCUCGGGGAGCAGCGGCGAGCGGGCGGACAAUGUCGGCGAGCUGGGCAGCACCGCGGCGGCGCGGCUGGCGAGCAACUCGCUCAUGCACUCGACCGUCACCCGCGAGAAGAGCGUCAAGAGCGCCGAUGAGCUACGCAGGAGGGGCAGCGUCGACGAGCGCACCACGACGCUUACCGGAGGCCGUCUUUACAUCGCUAACCCCGAUUAA